UAUGGCCGGAGAUCGAUUGUUCUUCUUCCGGUAGAGAGUCUGUAGUGAAGUCAACUCCCUCUUCAAAACCUUUAUUUCUCCUUCCGGAAUUAAUACCUCAAAUCUAUUUAGAAUUUUUGUAUUUAUCGACUUCCCUUGGUAUCAAUAAUAGCGUUGACACGUUGGUUGCCCUUUCCUUUAUCCUAAACGAGUUCCGCUGCAGCUCUUCAGCUAGCAAGCUAGCCAACAUCCAUUUCUCCGGCGCACAUUCGACCCAAUAAUCAUGGACCAGUUAGGAAGGACUUCAGAGACCCCCAAGAGCCCCUGGGGCGGGGGCCCCCCUGCGAUGCCAUCCUGCUCUCUGUCUGAUGUCAUGAGUGAGGAGCUGGCCAGGCAGCUGGAGGAGGAGAACAAGGCCUUCCCCUCUCUGACAAAUCCUGAGGUGAGUCUCCUGUCAGGUGAGGAGACUGACACCAACAGCGAUCUGAUGCUGGCCCGGCUGCUGCAGAUGCAGUACGACCGCGAGUGCGACACCCAGCUCCGCCGGGAGGAGCGCAAGUACAACGGGGAGAGCAAAGUGUCCAUCUCCUUUGAGAACUACCGCACAGCCCAUCCCUAUGACGGCAGUGAGAGCUCAGAGGAUGAGGUGGACUGGCAGGACACCCGGGAUGACCCCUACAAGCCCGAUAAGCCUCAGGUGACGCCACGCAAGGGCUUCACAGGAAAAGGAAAAAACAUCACCACCAAACAUGAUGAGGUGCUGUGUGGACGCAAGAACACCGCCCGCAUGGACAAUUUUGCUCCGGAGGUGCUGGUGGGCGAUGGGCUAGGCAUGGACCUGAAACUGUCCAACCAGGUGUUCAACUCCCUGAAGCAGCACUGCCACAGCGAGCAGCGGCGGAGUGCCAGGCUGCACGACAAGAAGGAGCACUCCACUGCGGAGCAAGCAGUGGACCCCCGCACCCGUCUGUUGAUGUACAAGAUGGUGAGUGCCGGCACUUUGGAGCGCAUCAACGGCUGCAUCAGCACAGGCAAGGAGUCGGUGGUGUUCCACGCCAACGGAGGAAUGUUGGAGGAGCAGCCCGUGCCAGAAGAGGUGGUACUGAAGGUGUUCAAAACCACGCUGAAUGAAUUCAAGAACCGGGACCGCUACAUUAAAGACGACUACCGAUUCAAGGACCGCUUCAGCAAACUCAACCCACGCAAGAUCAUCCGGCUGUGGGCAGAGAAAGAGAUGCACAACUUGGCCAGAAUGAAGAAGGCUGGGAUCCCCUGUCCAGAGGUGGCCCUGUUGAGGAAACACAUCCUUGUGUUGUCCUUCAUUGGUAAAGACCACGUCCCCGCACCCAAACUCAAGGACACCAUGCUGGGUGCAGCAGACAUGAAGACUGCGUACUACCAAGUCCUACAGAUGAUGCAGCAGCUGUACCAGGAGUGUAACCUGGUCCACGCCGACCUCAGUGAAUACAACAUGCUCUGGCACCAGGGCCAGGUGUGGCUGAUUGACGUCAGUCAGUCUGUGGAGCCCAGCCAUCCUCAUGGACUCCAGUUCCUCUUCAGAGACUGCACGAACGUUUCUACGUUCUUCCAGAAGAGGGGCGUGGCCGAGGCGAUGAGUGUGUACGAGCUGUUCAACUGUGUGACGGGACUCGACCUCACGAUCAAUGAAGAGGACGAGGCUGAGUUCUUAGCUCAGAUCGAGGCGCUGGAGAAGCGUAACGAGGACCACGUCCAGAAGCGGGGGAAGAAGACCUUUCCUCUGUCCUCGUGGGACGGAAGUCCUCCGUUAAAACAUGCCGCAGAUGACUAACCCCCCCCCCCAGUCGCUGAGGACAGCGCCGCCAUACCCACAAGCCACGAGGAGACCCCCGAGGUCAGAGGUCACCGCACCUCCCCCUCGUCCACUUUGAAGAGAACCAAAAAAAAGAAAUCCAGGUGGGACCACCUGGACCCUAGCCUGUACGACCCCAGGGGGCGCCAGAGGGGCCCCAGCAAAGCCCAACGGGUCCCUGCUUAGUUCGGGGCCCUUCUGUCUCCACUGCCCAGAGUUGAGACCAGACAAAGGGCAUGCAAACAUGGGUCAAUCACAUCCUGCUUCUAUCAACCUCUUUAUCGUCCUCCUCCAGCUCUGUCCUCCUAGAGGACUCAGUAUAUAGUCUGCAUGAGCUUCUAUUUCCACUGUGUGCAAUAUACCAUUUAUAUUUCCAAAUUCAGCCUUCUCCCUCCCUCCCACAUCAACAGCCUUACUCAGGGAGAAGGAGGCUGCAGCUCUAACCAUGUUUUGUGAUUGAUAUCUUCAAACGUCCACAGAAGAUUGUGUGAGUAGCAUGUGUCUAUGUUGACAGGGGGCGUUGUGUGACCAUAACAUCCGUUGUAUUACGGUAGUUAAUUUUCAGUCCCCAUGUGGUCCGCUGGGGCCAGGCAGAGACUCUAGUGGGACCCGGGUCUGCACAACCUUCUGGGGACUCCCAUUCUACACAACAACCCCAUUGUAUUGUGGAAGUGAUUGAUACAUAUAUAUUUUCCUUUUUGGUAUUGCAAUUGAAGCUUUUGGUUGGAUAAAAAUGAAGAUGGUGCUCCGUGUGGAUGUUAUUCACGGUUCAGUUCUUGUCCCAGUCCACCAUUGAUCCGAGGGGCUUCAUUGGUUAACAUGAGGGCUGAGAUGGAUUGUGACCUUUUGGCCUUCAUAAGACAAAACGUAUGAUAUUGUAACAUUAUUUGGAGAGUUGAAGACAAAAAGGGGGCGUGCCUCCGAGACUUCAGUCUCGUGUGUUCCUCAAUCCUCGGACGUCAAACUUCAGAGUCUAAAGCUUUCUUGCGCAUUUCUCGGAGACACGCCCCCUUUUUGUCUUCAUCUUUCGGAAAUCUAAGAGUAGACACACUUGAUUACAUUGCUACUUUAUUCCGGUCACAGAUUUAUACAUUGCAUGGUCUUGCUGUGCGUGCAAUACAAUGUUAAGUUGUGUUUGUUUUAGGGCUGGUUUGCUAAGGAAGCUAAUGUAGCUAACAAUAAAAAACGGCUAGCAAAUUUCAUAACACAAUCACAAAGACGAACAGGAACACUAUAAAUGCUCCGAGACCGGAAAUUACGUCAAAAGUGCAACUCAGAAGGCUGGCGUCCGAGGAUUCUGGAACACACCAUUAUGUAUUUAUGCCUAUUUAUCUGUAAUAUUACAAUUAUUUGAUCGCCUUUUUGAUCUCACCGGCGGGGGGUUACGUGUUUUAUGUAAGCCUGUAUAAUUCCAGACACACCCGCGCUGCCUUGUUCUUCUAUGGGACUAAAAGCAGCGAUUGCAAUAUUGAAUGGUAAAUAUCAAUUAAAAAAACAUCCCCCUAGUCAGGGACGGCUGGUAUAAAUGGGCUAACAGGGCUAAGCCCUCCCUACCUUUUACAGUAAAAAUGAAAAAAUAUUAUUAAAAACCUUAGAACAUAUUGUUUUAAAUUUUGGUAGAACCUAAGCAGCAACAGCACCAAAAAGUGACAGAAAAACCCAGGAUAUAUGAUAGAUCUUGUUUUUUUUCCUGUGAAUGGGCUAAAUGUAUUCAGUCCAAGCGGAGUAGUGUAAGCUUCCAUUCAAUUUUGAUUGACAGAUAUCGUGACACGCCCCCUUCAUAUGCUUCCCAUUUGGGCUAAAUUCAUUCAGCCCAAGCACAGUAGCGUAAGCGGCCAUUUCAUUGUGAUUGACAGGUGUCGUGACACGCCCCCAUUUGGGCUAAUUUCAUUUAGCCCAAGCACAGUAGCCAGAGUGGAAGAUAUAAAAAAAAAGUCGCAAAAGUCGCUUCUUCCCUUUUUACUCCGCGUUUAGACAAGCGUUUUCGGGAGGAAAUCUGCGCGAAUACGGUGACGCAGAAGUGUGUGGAAUUUGAUUGGGUAUGCAUGUCAGGCGGCUAGGUGGUGUUGUGAUACACCGCACAACACCUCCAUGUCUGAGCGCAUGCGUAGAAUCGUCCUUCUCUUAUCUGCGCUGCGAAAACCAAAAACUAAUUACAGAUCCUUCUCUGUUCAGUAAUACUAUCUGUACAUAUCAAAUCAAAUGAAAUCAAAGACGGUUCGAGAUGUUCUUUUUUGCGCAACUUGACUUAGAUUUCCUUGAUUUUGUUUGUAAUUCUGAUUCACUUACCCGUGGUCAGAUAGCGAUUGAGAAAGCAGAGCAACAGUCCAUUUCGUAUUUAGUGUCCAGCCAACUUCUUCUGAUGAGCCAGGAGCUGACCACACAACCUUGAUACUUUUAAGACUAAGUCAUACACAUAGUAUCAUAUAUAUAUUAAAGGUCCCAUGGCAUGCUACUUUAUGGAUGCUUUAAAGGUUGGGUGGAAUUCUCUUUUUUGGCCAUUUUUUCAAAAUUACUUGAAAUCUUUAUCAUAACCCACUUACAGCCACUGAGUUAGAAGUACUGACAUGAAAAUUAAACAAGUCAAUCAUGUGUGGAACGGGCAGGGCUCGAAAAACUCCAGCCAAUGAUUUCCAGACCCACCGAGUGGCAUUGGACAGUAAGUACGUCAAUCAAACGGUCGUACUGCACUCCCCCCGCGCGUGACCCCUUUGUGCAUGUACUCAAAUCUCGGGACCCAGAGCAAGUUUCUGUUUGUUGUUAUCCUGCGGCAGUGGCGCAAAAAGUGGGUAUGCACUAUAUGCGGCGCAUAGGGGCGCCGCACCAGAGGGGGCGCCAAACGAUGGAAGUAAAAAAAAUUGAGUCGGCAUUUUCUGUUUUUAACAGCGUUUGUGUAACAGAGGGACGUCACUGAUAAGGCGCCCCCCGCUCCUUCGCCUCCCUCCCCCCCUCCUCCCCACAUGGCGCUCCAGUGGUCGCCCCCUCGAACACGCCCUGGAGCCGAGCGCCAGAGUGUCUUCAUUUGAACCGCACUGUCAUCUGAUGACAGAGGAAAGGAGAAUUGGGAAGGAGAAAGGGUGCGCAGGGAUGAAAGAAAGCUUUUCAAAGUGGUUGAAAGACAGUCGUUUUUAUAUCAGUGUAUCAAGAGGAGGCUUGUAAAUAUUAGCUAAA